AUGCAAAAAGAUAUUUCUCUCAAAAUAAGAGAUUCCUAUGCCAGAUAUAGAUUAGAAAAUCCUAUAGCAAAGGGCGCAUUUGGCUCUGUCUAUAAUGCCAUUGAUAUUCUAGAUCCAACCUUGAAAUAAGUAGCCUUUAAAUAGCAGGAUCUUCAUAUUAAACUAAAAGGCUGUAAAGAUGAGGAUUUUUCAAUCGAAGUAUUGAGAUUAAUGAGAGAAAUCGCUUCAUUUCAACUGAGACAUCCAAACAUUGUUGAGAUUCUAGACUCAUAUUUGACAAUCGAUGGAAAAUUCAUUAUAAUUAGUGAGCUGGCAGAUUCAGAUCUUACUAAAUAUAUUCUAAAACGGAGAAAUUCAGCUGAUUAACUUAGCGUUUCUGAGAUAUCUGUGAUCAUGCUUUAGUUACUUGAUGGACUUAACCAUAUUCACUACAAAGGAUUUAUACACCGAGAUAUUAAUCCGUAGAAUAUUCUCGUUUUUAAAGAUAACUAAUUCAAAAUAGGUGAUUUUGGAAUAGCUUCAUAUGGUGCACAAACAUAAUUGAGAGCAGGAAAGGAGCAUUACAUGGCUCCAGAGAUCAAACUUGAUUUUGAAUAUGAUAAAAGUGUAGAUAUAUGGUCUCUUGGUAUAUUACUCUAUUAUUUGUGUACAGGAGAAGAAAAAAUACAAGAAAAAACAGUUAACUCAAUUAGAGCAUAGAAAAAAUAAGUGCCUCUACCUCCAAAUUAUGAAUAAUUUCAGGAAAUGUUUGAUAUGAUGACAGCAUAUGAUAGUGAAUUUAGACCUUCAAUACAUUAGCUGAAAGAGUAAUUCAUUAAACUGAUUGAUGAUUCAUCAGAUUAUGUUAAGAAAUAGAACACCCUAUUGGCUUAUAAAAUAAAAUCAAUCAAUGAUCAACUUGAACAUGAGAUCGCCCAAUAAUCUUAAUUCUUAUAGCUUCAUCUCAAUAAUGUUCAGCUUAGAUACGAUUAUGCAAUUUAAAAGGAACUCAAUGAUUUGAAAAGCAAAAUAGACUAAUAUAAGAAAAUAAUACAAUCUUUCAUAGUAGAGCCUCAUUUAAUUUAUGAAGAAAGAGAAUAAAUAGAAAGAUUUUAUGAUGAAGAAAAAAAGACUGAUAAACUUGAAAGUUCGAUACAAAAAUAAAUAGUUCUUCAUUAAAAUAAGCAGUAAGAAUUCAACAGAUUAGUUUAAAUUUACAUUGAGGAAUAGGAUAUUUAAAAAUCAUAUCCAAGACUUUUUAGUUUGUAAGGAAAAUGUAUAUUGCUUUAUAAAGGAACUAUUGACGGAUUUAAAGCAAAGCAUUUUCAUUAAAAAUGUGAUAACAAAGGCCCUACUAUUUCAUUUAUAUUAAGCGAGCAUGGUUAAGUAUUUGGUGGCUACUCAUCAGUGUCAUGGACAUCCCCAAUUAGUCCAGCUAAAUUUAAAGAUAGCGAUGCCUUUUUAUUCUCAUUAAGUAAAAACACUUUGCAUGUUUAAUACAAGAACUUUGACAAUGCAGUUUGUCAUAACAAAGAUUAAAUGAUGAUAUUUGGAGUGAGGUAAACAUUAAUGUAUAAUGAAUAUAAUGAUAUUUGUAUCACUGAUGAUUGUAAUAAUUAGAAUUCAAGUUUUUGUGAUAUAGGAUGCACUUAUUUGCCACCAAAAGGUUUAUAAUAUAAAGAAUAAUUGACUAAAGAUUAUUUAGCUGGCACUUUUAACUUCAAAGUCAUUGAAAUUGAAGUUUAUUAAGUAUUAAAAUGA